CUUCCUCCUCCUAGUUCUCUCCUCUGGCUGAUGUGCAAGAUCUUGCAGAAGCCAGGGACUUGCUUCUGGGCUUGGCAAAGUGCAUAGGAAGAAGCCGGGACUUCCCGGCUGGGAGGAGGGGGGAAGCUGAAGAUCCCCGGCUUUGGCUCAGCUAAGCAAAGUGGGCAGCUCAGUGCUUGAAAGAGGAUUGUGCUCGCACUAGAGAUCAGUAAGUGGGCGGCUGUGUGAGUGGCCCAGGGUCAUGGGAUAGACUUGAGGAUGAGGCUCGAUUCUAGGGGAGAGCUACGAGACUGCUCUCUCUGUGCGUGUCGCGUGGAGUCUAGAGGCUUAAGCCCAAGAAUCAGAACUCCCAGUGCCUCCUCCCAGUCCUGGAAAAUGACAACUUCUACUGAGGGAAAUUUGCACAGACUCUCCUUUCCUGACCGCUCUUCCCAGGAAAAUGUGCUACUGAAUCAGACAGAGCUGGGAUUAGGUGGGGAAAGUGAAGUGUAGCAUUAGCAGAAACUGCAGUCUUGAAUUACGUUCUGUGUGUGCUGGCGUUCUUAUAUCUAUUAACAGAAAUUGUCAGCGAAGUCUGAGGUGAGGGGCUUAAGUGGGGAAGUUGAGACUUUCUGUGACCAAGAGGCUGAGGAGUCCCUAUGUAAGGGAUUAAAUGCAAUAUUUAUCUAAUAAAUAAUAGGUGGGUUUUUUUUUAAAAAAAAAUCACUAAAGGGGAUCAGCAGCCAGGAAGCAUAAAAAUGCAUGAUAAUAAUUAGGAAAAGAAAAUUUCACAUCCAUAGCUUUUUGUAGCCAAAAAUUUCAGGAUGUUUACAAAGUCAUAACAGUGAUGCAGGAAUACUUCAAUUAUCAUUGUACAUUAUUAAUACUGUUGCCGGGCAAGAUCUGUGGUUCUCUGGUCAGCAAGUUCUGGCAAUGAAGCCACUGCCGCUGGUGCAAAGAAUUCUGGGAUGUCUGACAGUGAAAUGGAUGGAAGGACUCACAUUCCAUCUCUACUUAAUGCCCUUUUGUCCAGAAACCGGGUCAUGCAGAUGAGCUACUUGAAAAGUAAAGAACAAGGCUAUGGAAAGCUAAGCAGUGAUGAAGACCUCGAAAUAAUUGUUGAUCAGAAGCAGUCGAAGAUGUGCUUUAUCCCUUCCCAGCGCCUGCCCUUAAGGUUUGGAGAUGUUCUUGAAAGUGAACCAGGGAAAGGCUCUAGGGCUGCAGAUAAGGCUGUUGCCAUGGUGAUGAAGGAGAUACCGAGGGAGGAGUCUGCAGAAGAAAAGCCCCUCCUUACUGUGACAUCACAGCUGGUGAAUGAGCAACAAGAAAGCAGACCUCUUCUGAGCCCCUCCAUCGAUGACUUCCUCUGUGAAACCAAAUCUGAGGCCAUUGCAAAACCAGUAACGUCCAACACAGCCGUGCUGACCACUGGCUUGGAUCUCCUGGACCUGAGUGAACCUGUCUCUCAAACCCAAACCAAAGGCAAGAAAUCAGAGUCCUCAUCAAAGAGCUCAUCCCUCAAGAAGAAAGCCGAUGGCUCUGACCUCAUCAGUGGGGACAGCGAGCAAAGGGCCCAGGCUCUGCGGGGCCCAGAGACGUCAUCCUUAGACUUAGGAGACAUUCAAACACAACUGGAAAAAUGGGAUGAUGUCAAGCUCCAUGGGGACCGAACAAGCAAGGGCCAUCUUCUGGCGGAAAGGAAGUCAUGCUCAUCGAGGACCGGGUCCAAAGAGCUCCUGUGGUCCUCAGAACACAGAUCUCAGCCAGAACUGAGCUCCGGGAAGAGUGCCCUCAACUCCGAGUUGGCUUCCGAGUUGGAACUUGUGGCUCCGGCACAGGCUCGGCUCACCAAAGAGCAUCGCUGGGGCAGCGCUCUGCUCUCCAGGAACCAUUCCUUAGAAGAGGAGUUUGAAAGAGCGAAAGCCGCAGUAGAGUCAGAUACAGAGUUCUGGGAUAAGAUGCAAGCAGAGUGGGAAGAAAUGGCCCGGAGGAACUGGAUAUCGGAGAACCAAGAAGCCCAGAACCAAGUAACCGUGUCCGCCAGUGAGAAGGGCUAUUACUUUCACACCGAGAAUCCCUUCAAGGACUGGCCUGGAGCAUUUGAAGAAGGCUUAAAGAGGCUGAAGGAAGGGGACCUGCCUGUCACCAUCCUGUUCAUGGAAGCAGCAAUUCUUCAGGACCCUGGGGACGCUGAGGCAUGGCAGUUUCUUGGUAUAACCCAGGCAGAGAAUGAAAAUGAACAAGCAGCCAUUGUCGCCCUCCAGAGGUGCCUGGAGUUGCAGCCCAACAACUUGAAAGCCCUGAUGGCUUUGGCUGUGAGCUACACUAACACCGGUCAUCAGCAGGAUGCCUGCGAGGCUCUGAAGAACUGGAUUAGGCAGAACCCAAAGUACAAAUACCUUGUAAAGAACAAGAAGAGCUCUCCAGGCCUCACUCGGCGGAUGUCUAAGUCCCCAGUUGACAGCUCUGUUCUGGAAGGAGUGAAGGAACUCUACCUGGAAGCUGCCCACCAAAAUGGUGACAUGAUAGACCCGGACCUGCAGACAGGUCUUGGGGUUCUCUUCCACCUGAGCGGGGAGUUCAACAGAGCAAUUGAUGCAUUUAAUGCUGCCUUAACUGUUCGACCAGAGGAUUACUCCUUGUGGAACCGUCUUGGGGCAACCCUGGCUAAUGGAGACCGCAGUGAGGAAGCUGUGGAGGCCUACACGAGAGCCCUGGAGAUCCAGCCUGGCUUCAUCCGGUCCAGAUACAACCUGGGGAUCAGCUGCAUCAACCUGGGUGCCUACAGAGAAGCGGUCAGCAAUUUUCUCACGGCCCUCAGUUUGCAAAGAAAGAGCAGGAACCAGCAGCAAGUCCCUCACCCUGCCAUCUCGGGGAACAUCUGGGCUGCCCUUAGAAUUGCACUGUCACUGAUGGACCAGCCAGAACUCUUCCAGGCAGCCAACCUUGGUGACUUGGAUGUCCUCCUGAGAGCUUUCAACUUGGAUCCUUAAAGGAAAAGAAAGAAAUACAGAAUAAUCCCUCAUCUGGUAUUAUACUAAAAAGGGACAAAACUAUUUUGUUAUGAAUUUCAAAAAAAAAAAGAUUUUUUUUUUAAAGGAUAAAGCAGAGAGUCAAAAGGCCGUGGUCAUUUUGCCCAAGAGAACUAACUGAUUACUACAGACAAUACCUGGCCUCUGUUCAGACCCAAAAGCACAAAGUCAAGGUUGGGUUCAAGAGAAGAACCAAGCUUCUCAUGACAAAGAAAGAUAAGGUAACUGUGUACACUCUUCCAAGUUACCAGUGGACUUUGAGUUAUCCUGUCCCCAGUCAUGUGGGGACACACCUGAGGAGCCUGUUCAUGGGACCUGGCAAGACAGUUUGCAGUCAGUGAACUCAGGCUGUCUUCGCCUUUCAUGAGACUGAACAUAUAGUCCGGGCCAUUGGCGCAUGCACACAUACAACCUGACUAAAGGCAGGCGUCGCUUCCCCCUCCUCCCGUUUUAACUUUUACUAUAAGCCUUUGUUAGAGAGAGAGAACUCUGCUGGCAAAAGCAGUUUUUGCACUAAACGUUUUGCUGUUCCCAAUGAAAUCCUGUCUAGGAUUGUACAUAAGCACUUUAAUAUCUUAUUUAUGCCUCACUGAGCUUCCGGUUUGUUGCUCCAGCUUCUAACUUGGGGAGGGGGGGGGCGGGGGCUGGAGGAUUUGAGACAGAUUUGUUAGCUCAAUGGACCAAAUAAAAAAUUCUGAGAGGAGUUUUUUCUUAGCGCAGGGUUUUGAAGGCCCCUUGGCAUAGGAUGUAAAUAUGUUAAACCCAGUUUUCUUUGCUUGCUUUCUGGGACUCUGGAUCUCAGUGGGAAGCAAAAUUGUGCCUCUGCAUUCUCCCUGCAGAAGGAAGGUCGACCUUUUGCGAUUUCUAGUGAGUGUGUGUUAACAUGUUUUCAUACCCGUUUUCCGGCUUUCUAACUGCCCGGCACAAUGGCACUCUGUUUAAACUCUCCCUGUUUCAAAUGGUAUUUCUUAAGCGUGAUAAAUACAUUUUUCCUAAA